AUGGCCUCCGAGUUGACAUUCCGCGGCCACGAGUCCCAUCCCGAGUCCGACUCAUACUCGCCCAAACCCGCCAAGCCGUGGCUCGGCGUGACCCGCCCGAUCCGCUACCUCCUCCGCGAGCAGCGCCUCAUCUUCCUCCUCGCCGGCAUUUCCAUCGCCGCCCUCUUCUUCUCCUCCUCCACCCGGCCCCAUCCCACCCCCAUCCUGGGCUACCCGCUCGACACGCCAGAGUUGACCCGGUCCCAUCCCCACCGAUCCGCAUACCAAAACACCCACCUCUCGACCGGGUUCGGGAUCGGCUCGGUCGGCAAGAUCCCGCUGGGUCUGAAGCGCAAGGGGCUGCGGAUCGUGGUCACCGGCGGCGCCGGUUUCGUCGGCAGCCACCUGGUCGACCGGCUGAUGGCCAGAGGCGACAGCGUGAUUGUGGUUGACAAUUUUUUCACGGGGAGGAAGGAAAACGUGGCGCACCAUUUCGGAAAUCCGAGGUUUGAGCUGAUCCGACACGACGUCGUUGAGCCUCUGCUGCUCGAGGUCGACCAGAUCUACCACCUCGCUUGCCCUGCCUCGCCGAGAGUUGGUGCGCGGUUUUUGCUAACGAGCACCAGCGAAGUUUACGGCGAUCCCUUACAGCACCCGCAGGUGGAGACUUAUUGGGGCAACGUUAAUCCGAUCGGUGUCAGAAGCUGCUAUGAUGAGGGGAAGAGAACGGCUGAAACGUUGACCAUGGACUAUCAUCGAGGUGCUAAUGUUGAGGUUAGGAUUGCUAGGAUUUUCAACACGUACGGUCCUCGUAUGUGCAUUGAUGAUGGUCGUGUUGUAAGCAAUUUUGUUGCUCAGGCUUUGAGGAAGGAGCCGUUAACUGUCUAUGGUGAUGGGAAGCAAACAAGAAGUUUUCAGUUUGUUUCUGAUUUGGUUGAAGGACUCAUCCGGUUAAUGGAAGGAGAGCACAUUGGGCCUUUCAAUCUUGGAAAUCCCGGUGAAUUUACCAUGCUUGAACUUGCGCAGGUUGUUCAAGAGACCAUUGAUCCAAAUGCAAAAAUCGAGUUCAGGCCCAACACAGAGGACGACCCACACAAGAGGAAGCCCGAUAUCUCCAAGGCCAAAGAUCUAUUAGGUUGGGAGCCCAAAGUGCCAUUGCGCAAAGGUCUCCCAAUGAUGGUCUCGGACUUUAGCAAACGUAUCUUUGGAGACCACAAAGAUGUUUCGGACUCGAGCAAACAUAACAAAGAAACAGCCUAA